AUGUGCCGCUGGUUUGCGUACAUCAGUCCAACGGAGCCAUGUCUCCUAUCCGAUGUGCUGAUUACGCCCGCGAAUAGCAUCAGCAAGCAAUGCUCUGAACACUACCUCCCGAAGCUGCUUCCUCAUGAUAAAGAUAAGGAUCUGGACCAGUCUUCUGAUGAGCUUCUACGCAUGCGCAACUCGCUUUUGAAUAUGGAUGGGUUGGGUGUUGCAUGGUAUACAAAGGCCAACUCUUCGUACAUCAAGCACGUCGCCGGGCCCCGUCCCGCCCUAUACAAAUCCCAAUCGCCCCCGAUCAACGACUUCAACUUCAAGUCCCUCUGCGAAAACACAGAAACGCACUGCGUCUUCGCCCACAUCCGUGCCAGCAGCGGCAGCGUCGUGACCCAAGUCAACUCGCACCCCUUCGUCUUUGGCCGCCACGUCUUCAUGCACAACGGUGUCGUGUCCAACUUCUCUUCUAUCCGCCGGGAAAUGACGGAUCUCAUGUCCUUCGACGCAUACUGUAACGUCAUCGGGUCCACGGACUCCGAGCACGCCGCAGCAUUGUACAUGACGAAUCUGACAAACCACGGCGCGAAAGUCACUUGGGAAAAGGCGUACUCGCUAGACGCCAUGUUUACCGCGCUACGCAAGACUGUGCUGCAGAUCCUACAGCUCCAACACGAUAAACUGGGCGCUGCGGCGAACACGCCUAAUUCACUCAACUUCUGCACUACAGAUGGCACAUCACUGCUUGCUAUCCGCUUCCGCAAUCACGCUACGCAGCAACCGCCGUCACUCUACUGGUCUGAGUUUGCGGGCCGCACUCUCAACACAAAGUUUCCGGGUCAUCCUGAUAGUAAGGAUAUGGUGAACGAAGAGGCGAUGUGGGGAGAGGCGGAGACGAUGGGGAAACAUACCAUUGUUGCGUCUGAGCCAACGACUUUCGAUGAGAAAGAAUGGCAUUUAAUCAGCAGGAAUUGUGCGUUGCUUGUGGAUGGAGAGGGGGUUGAAAGGGAGGUGGAGAUUGAGUACGAUGAGCAUCUGAAUGCCAAGGAUCCGAAAUUCGAUGGUGAAGCAGCUUGA